CGGGAGCGCGCGUGCUCUGCAGAGUGGGAGAAGGGGGCGGGGCUUGCCUCCGCCCGGUUUGGUGUGCAGAGGACGCGGCGCAGGUGCGGGAUCGACGCGCGACAGCCGAAAGGUUGUGGUUUCCGCUUCCUCUUUGGCUGCUUUUUUCAGAGGCCGCUUUUCAAAAAAAUCGCUCGCUUGUUUGCAUGUCGGUUUCUGGGACCGGGUUCGAAUCCCUCGCUUCUUUCUUCUUCUCUUUGAGGAUCCCCGUCCGUCACUUUCGGCACCAGAGACCAUGACCUUCCAACGCCUUUUGGAGCCUAAGCGCUGAAGCCAGGCCUCCGACCACGACAACCGGCCACAAUGUCCUAUUUCGCCAGCCAUUUCUGGGGGGAGAAGAGCCAUGGCUUCGAGGUGCUCUACCAGAACAUGAAGCAGGGACAGGUCUCAGCCAAGGAGCUGGCCGACUUCGUCCGGGAGAGGGCGGCGGUGGAGGAGUCCUACGCCAAGUCCAUGGCCAAGAUGUCCAAGCUGGCCGGGAGCGGAACCCAGUUGGGGACGUUUGCCCCGCUGUGGGAGGUGUUCCGCAUCUCGUCGGACAAGCUGGCCCUCUGCCACCUGGAGCUGGCCCGGCGCCUCCAGGACCUGCUGCGCGACGUCGGGCGCUACGCCGAGGAGCAAGUCCGGACACACAAGAAGUCGAAGGAGGAGGUGUCGGGGACGCUGGAGGCGGUGCAGGCGCUGGCGGGGGCCACGCAGGCGCUGCCCAAGGCCCGGGAGGCCUUCCACGGCCGCGGGGCCGAGCUGGAGCGCCUGCGCAGGGAGGGCGCCGGGCCCAAGGAGAUCGAGAAGGCGGAGCUGAAGUCCCGGAAGGCGGCGGAGGGCCUGCGCCGGGCGGCCGAGAAGUACAACUCUGCGCGGAGCGAGUUCGAGCGCAAGAUGCGGGACUCGGCCGCGCGCUUCCAGGAAGUGGAGGAGGCCCACCUGGAGCAGAUGAAGGCCCUGAUUGGCUCCUUCGUCCACUCGGUGGAGGACGCCCACGUCCAGGUCGGGCAGGUGCACGAAGAGUUCAAGCAGAACAUGGAGAACAUCGGGGUGGAGACCCUCCUCCGGAACUUUGCCGAGAGCAAAGGCACCGGCCGUCACCCACCGGGGCCCUUGGACUUUGAGGAGCUGAGCCUGGCGCCUUUGCAGGAAGGUCCGAAGCGAACCCGCAGCAAGGCCUUCCGCAUCCCCGGAUUGGGACGAAAGGAGCGCGAAAGGGACUCCGCGGAGUCUCCGGACGCCGAGUCGGCGCCCCCCGAAGUGGACGAGGAAGGCUUCACCGUCCGGCCGGAAACUGACCGGAAUGGCCCGGCCCCAUGUGGCGGCCUGUGCUGCUCGUCCAGCGACUCGGACUUUGAGGGGGACGAGGAGGGGGACGCGCUGCCCCACAAGUUCUACAUCCGCAUCAAGCCCCUCCAGGCCAAGGAACAACCACCACCACAAGCACCACAACCACAGCACCCGUCGUGGUCAAGCAGCAGCAGCAGCAGCAGCGCGGCCGCGGCCCAGUCCUCCGUGGAGCAGCUCAAGGCCUCCGUGGGGAACCUCGUCCUAGCGCCCGGCAUCGGGAACACGGUGAAGAGACAUUCCUCCCGGCAUUUGAGAUCUCUGUCUGCCGCGGGUUCUGCGGCCGAUUCUCAGGCCGACUCGGCUGUUCUGGAGGAGAAGAUGACCCCUCGCCUGACCCAUAGCCGCGACCCCAAGGCAGACCCCGACCCCCUUUCGGCCGCGGCCGCGCUCUUUGGGCCCCCCUUGGAGUCCGCCUUCGAGGACGAGGAAUUCGCAGGCCCCGCCUCCCGGCUGCUCCCCUCGAGCCCCUCCCCCUUCUCCUCCCCCUCCCCCGAGAACGUGGGCGGGGACUCCGGCCUGGACUCGCCCCCCCCAGCGGCCCGCGGCCCCGCCCACAUCCCUGUGGGGGGGCGGAGGAGGCGGGGCCCCGACCCCUGGGCGCCCCAGGCCCCGCCCCCCCGCCCCGCCCCCCCGGACCCCCCGCCCCCCGCCGAGGAGGAAGAUGGGGAGGGCACCCUGGGGGGGUCCCGCCCCUCCUCCCACUCCGCCUCCUCCUCCUCCUCCUCCCCCGCCCCCCCCAGCGUCAGCAGCGGGGACUCCGCCUCCAGCCCCUCCCCCUGGGGGCCCCCCCGCGGCAGGGACCCCCACGAGGACACGCCCCCCCGCACGGACCCCAACGGGUCUCCGGCAGUGGGCUCCGUGGUGGCCCCCCCACGCCGCCCCCGCUCCAAGCGCCCCUCGGCCAUUCCGGCCACUUGCCUGUCCAGCGAGACGCCCCGGUCCCUGAGCCCCUCCCCACUCUGGAGCCUGUCGGCCCCCCCAAGCGCCGCCGAACGGGCCUUCUUCGUGGCCACCCAGCCCGGGAUCGGUGCGUCAGAGUCGGGCGUGUCGAGAGGCCCCUCCCCGGUGGUGCCGGGCUCCCAGGGGGGGCUCCCCGUGGCCGCCGCCUUCACCGAAUACGUCCACGCCUUCUUCAAGGGACACGGGCCGGACAGCUGCCUGGUCAAGGUGACCGGGGAGAUGACCAUGUCCUUCCCGGCCGGGAUCCUGCGCGCCUUCAACGGCUGCCCUUCGGCCCCCGUCCUGAGCUUCCGCCUCCUCCGCACCGCGGCCAUUGACCACUUCCUGCCCAGCCCCGACCUCCUCUUCAGCGACCCCUCCCAGAGGGACCCCUCCAGCCGCGACUUCUGGCUCAACAUGGCUGCCUUGACCGCCCAGCUCCAGCGGCAGGCUGACCAGGCCCCGGGGGCCCCGUACUACAACGUCACCCUGCUCCGAUACCAGUUCUCGAAGCAGGGCCAGUCCUGGGCUCCCUUGCGGCUGGCGGUCAGCUGGGACUGCGACCCGGAGGCCACCCGCGUCUGCGUCGACUACGGCUACAACACGGCAGGGGCUUCGGCCGCCCCUCCGCCCGCGCUGACCAACGUCCAGGUGCUGCUGCCCAUCGAGGAGCCGGCCGACAAUGUCCGGCCGCAGCCCAAGGCUGCCUGGAACCCGGAGGAGAAGCGCUUGCAGUGGCACCUGGGGGACCUGCGCUCAGGCUCCGGCCGGCUGACGGCCACGUGGCGCCCCCUGGAGGGCCCCAGCCGCCCGGUCCCGGUGGCCGCCCAGUUCUCCAGCCAGGGCGGGUGCGUCUCGGGCGCCGGCGUGGAGCUGAUGGGCAGCGCCUUCCGCAUGUCCCUGGUCAAGAAGAGAUUCGCCACCGGGAUUUAUCUCGCCGGCUCUUAAGCAACGACGGACCCUUUUCUGGCUUGUUUUAUUUCAGUGUUAUUAUUAAUUAAUUUUAGAGAGAAUCUAUUUGUGUGUUUUUAAAUUAUUAUUAUUAUUGUCGAGGGAGGCGCGGGCGGAUGUCGUGAUGCUGGAAGAUCCGGGCGCCAAGUUUUAUUUUUCCAUUAUUUUUUGAGAAGGAAAGAAGGAAGGAAGGAAGGAAGGAAGGCAAAAAUAAUGUUUUUCUUCGUAAAUUAUAAUAAUGUGGCUCUUUUUUUUUAAUAUUGAAAGAAAUAUAUUGUUUUUUUAUAAUUAAAACAAAAAGAACAUAAAAGCAAA